GAAAAAAAAAGUUUGGGCGGGCGGUCAUUACGAGAGUAGCUUGCAACUCCCUUGGAGCUCUUCCGGGGACCGAUAUUUUGAACCGAUCAAGUCUUGCGUACACAGAGCCAGCAACUCACAGAUUUCAGUCAUGGGUGGCUCAACAACCAAAAAGCGCUCUCGUAGUACGAGCAGCGAUUCUCUCGAUCAGGUCGAGGUCAACGAAAAGUCAGGAAAGAAGAGUCUCUUCGAUGAAGGAGAUUCCUCCGACGACUCAAGUUCCGGCAGUGAUGACGAUUCUGAGGAAGGGGGCGCGAAGCUAGAAGAGGCUUCGGGGUCAUUCAAGAUCAAUGAGGAGUAUGCGAGGAGAUUUGAGCACAACAAGAAGCGGGAAGAACGUCAACGACUCGAAGAAAAGCACGGCCGAGCUCUUGCAAACCAAGAUGACGAAGAGUCUGACUCUGAGGACGAAACGGAGGACGAGGAAGGUUUCCUAGCCACCGAGGACCUCGACGCGGAAAUCUCAGCUACCCUGCAAGCCCUCCGGAACAAGGACCCCAAGAUUUACGACAGCAAUGUUUCAUUUUACACACCGAUCGAUGAGGCCACCGCAGCCGCAGCCGCCUCGAAGAACUCCAAGGACAAGCCCAUGACGCUCAAGGACUACCACCAAGAGAGAUACAUGAAGGGCGACGUCGGCGCAGACUUUGACGAGGACUCGAAAGCACCGCCGCCACGAACCUAUGCACAGGAACAAGACGACCUCAAAAAGGACUUCAUCAAGGAGGUCAAGGCCCUAACGAAGGACGACUCGGACGACGACAGUGACGGCGAGGACUUCCUGAAGCGCAAGUCCAAGCCCGACCAGCCCGCUUCCUCAAAUGGUGUGCAUCCUUCUCGCGCCGCUCAAGUCAAGACCGUCACCGAGGCCGACGUGGCCAACGCUGACAAGGACCCGGAGCUGUUCCUCUCAAACUUCAUGGCCUCUAGAGCGUGGGCACCCCCAGAGGGGAACCGGUGGGAGGCCUUUGAGUCGGACGAGGAGGAUGCCGACAACGCAAACAUGGCCGAGGAGUUUGAGAAUGCUUACAACAUGAGGUUCGAGGACCCCGAGAAGAGCAACGAGGUCCUGCAGUCGUACUCGCGAACGCUCGUCGCGGCCAAGACCGUGAGGAGGGAAGAGACCAAGGGCAGAAAGCGGCAGCGUGAGCUCGAGAAGGAGCGCAAGGAGGCGGAGAAGCAGGAGAGGCGGGAGGAGCGUGCCCGCCUGAAGCGGCUCAAACUUGAGGAGGCGGAGGAGAAGCUCAAAAAGAUCAAGAAGGCCGCGGGCCUGCACAACAAGACGCUCAAGGAGGAGCAAUGGGCGAAACUGCUCGACGAUGCCUGGGACGACGACAAAUGGGAGUCCGAGAUGCAGAAGCAGUUUGGCGAUGAUUAUUACGCAGAGGAGGAGGUUGGCGAUGUUAGCUCGGACGAAGAGGCCGAAAGCUCGUCCAAAAAGCGCAAGCCCAAGAAGCCGAAAUGGGAUGACGAUAUCGAUAUCAAGGAUAUUAUUCCCGAUUUCGACGACUCAGUACCGCCCACAGUACGCCUAUCUGAUGACGAAGACAACCAAGAGGCAGAUCAGGACGACGCUGAAGAUGGAGUUGGGGAGGAGGAGGACGACGACGACGAGGCGAACCCCUCCAAGAAGCGCAAGACGUCAAAAGACCACAAAAAGGACCGCAUCGCCGCACAGCGCGCCGCCCGCCAGGAGCGCGCCAAGCUCGAGGCCCUGGUGGAGCAAAAGAUGGAGCUCGACGACCCGACGGCGCUCGCCUCGUCGUCCAAGAAGCACAAGGCGACGGGCGGCGGCGGGUUCCGGUACCGCGAGACGUCGCCCAACUCGUUCGGUCUGACGCCGCGCGACAUUUUGCUCGCGCCCUCGGACGCCGUCCUCAACGAGUACGCCGGCCUCAAGAAGCUGGCCACCUUCCGUGACCCCGAAAAGAAGCGCAAGGACAAGAAGCGCCUGGGAAAGAAGGCGCGCCUCCGCCAGUGGCGUCGCGAGAACUUUGGUCGCGAGUUCGAGGAGAGCGGCCCCACCUUUGGUUUCGAUGGGGCUGUCGCUGCCGCAGAGGGCGGCGGCGCCGUCGAGCACAAAAGCCACAAGGGCAAGGAUAAAGGAAAGGGCAAGGCCAAGGCCGAGGGCGAGGAUGACGAGAAGAAGAGCAAGAAGCGAAAGAGGUCCAAGGGGACCAAGACUGAGGCGUCGACAUAAUUUAUUUUUUUGUUGUACAGGAUUCGUCUUGACAGAAGCAGAUACCAAAUAUUUCAUCUUUAACAA